GGGUCACAAACUAUUUCCUUAAACAGAGUUAUGAAAACCAUACGGCACAAGGGAACGCCACAGGCCGAAUCUCUUUCAACCACUCAGUGAACUCAUUACUCAGUGAACCGCCCCCUCUUCUAAUAACAAACGCCUGUAUCCUCCUUCUCUGUCUCUCUGCAGCAAACCGACUGCAGACAAAAGUCAUCCCUUUAACCAUAGAGACCAGAGGUUUGAAAGAGCUCAAAUUUAAACAUUUCAUUAGGUCAAAAAGAAAAACAAACAAACAAAAAAUUAGUAAGAUUAACAGGCAAAAUAAGACAUAGUUCAGCUCCAGAAAAAAAAAACAGCUAUGGGAUUCAGGACUGUUAGAAAAUGCUGUGCUGCAUAUUCUUGUCUUUUUUUUGUUCUUCUAUAUUUGAAUUGGUCUAAGGGAGUCAUGGGACAAAGCUUGCAGGAGCAGGAUGGUGUGUGCAAUGCACAGGGAUGCUAUUCUAUUCAUCUCCAGCGCAAGACGUUCCGGGAGUCCUGGAGGAGCUGCAAGGAUAAAGGGGGGAACCUGGCUACUAUAAAAGGACCAGACGAAGCUUCUUUGAUCCAUGACCUCCUAUCGUCCGGGGUUAGACGUGGCCCCCGACCUAGAAUCAGGUUGUGGAUUGGCCUUCAGCGUCAGCCUCGGCAGUGCUCGGCCACGCGUCCUUUGAGGGGCUUUACCUGGAUCACUGGGGAACAGGAAACGCAGUAUACGAACUGGCAACGCGAUGACUUACCCAGUGCUUGUUCUGCUCAUCGUUGUGUGGCCAUUGCCUACAACAUAGCAGACAAAAGUGGCAAUGACCAGUUCAACUUCAAAUGGCUCGAUGGGUCUUGUGCCGUGCCUGUGGAAGGAUUCUUCUGCCGCUACACCUACCAAGGGAUGUGCCCAGCUCUUCAAAAAGAAGGAGGGGGUCCUGCGCUGUACACCACCCCGUUUGAACUGGCAAGUACUAUUCUCACUCACAUUCCUUUCGGCUCGGUGGCAACUCUUCCUUGUCCUGAUGACGAGAAAGAAGACCAGUCAGUUCUGUGCAUGCUGAGGGAGGAUGGGAGCAUUGGCUGGUCGAAGGAUGCACCGCUCUGCUUGAACACUCCGAGGGACUGGUGUGAACAGGACAAUGGAGGAUGCGAGCACUACUGCUUGAAUUCGGAUACCCAUUACUUCUGUGAGUGCUCCGAGAAAUAUGUUCUGGGAGAGGAUGGAAAGUCCUGCCAGCUUUCGGACCCCUGCCACAGUGCCAACUGCGAGUUUGAGUGUGAGUCCACUUCUCAGGGACACCAGUGCAAGUGCCCUGAUGGGUACCUACUGUCAGGUGAUGGGCGGAGUUGUCUUGAUAUAGAUGAGUGCUUGCAGAAACCCUGUCCGCAGGAAUGUGUCAAUGCACCCGGCACAUUUGAGUGUAGAUGUUACGAGGGCUACCUUCCGUCUGAGUUUGGAGAAUGUGUAGACGUAGAUGAAUGCAUGGAAGGAAAGUGCGAUCAUUUGUGCGACAACUCUCCUGGUUCCUACACAUGCCGCUGUCAUGAGGGAUUCAUUCCACUCAGAGAAGAUCCAGAUCAAUGCGAAGAUAUCGAUGAGUGUACAACUCCAGACAUUUGUGAUCAGGUGUGCAGAAAUUACGAAGGUGGAUUUGAGUGUCUUUGUGAGGAGGGAUAUAUGUUGCAAGUGGACAACUACUACUGUCGGCCAAUCGAAGAAGAUGAACCUGAAAAUGAGCCCAGCUUGCCUGAAAUGGUGAUAGAUGCCAGCCCUCUAGAGUGGCUAACAGAAUCGCCAAGCAUGGAGUGGCAUCCGACAUACCUGAGCUGGUUUACGGAGAAGACCCUGGAAGGAGAUGUAACUACGCAGGAACCUGAAUUAAAUGAGCAUGUAUCCUCAGAUUCACCUUCACCUACCUUUUUGAUGGGUACUACAUCUUCAGCUGAUUCAAAUAAAAAGGAUGCACAUGAGGAGGAAAUAUCAAUAGCAACUGGUGAUAGAGCAGAUGUAAGGACCUCAGGAGACAAAGGACCCUCAAUGGCUUCGACAUCUGUGCCUAAGAGAGAAUGGGAUUUUGUCAUGCUCACUCCUGAAACAUCACAAAUACCAGAAGAUACAUCAGGAUCAGAACAGCGUCCAGGGUAUAGAAAGAAACACGACAAAAGCUGGCUGCUUGUGGCACUGCUGGUACCACUGUGUGUUUUUCUUGUGGUCAUGUUGGCAUUAGGUAUUGUUUAUUGCACAAGUUGUGCUGUAGAGCCACGGAGCAAAAGCGUGACAGACUGUUACCGCUGGACCACCACCUCCAAGACUGAAAAGUCAAGUACAGAAAAAUCUCGAGCUUGAGUAAUGUACAGUUAACUUGACUUUUUAUUUUAUUUUAUUAAAAAAGUAGCAAUGACCCUGGACUUUGUCAAGCUGUUUUUGCGUGAUCACACUGUCACUUUGGUAUUCUGUUGGACCCUGUGGGAUAUACGGAAAAAUAGUCACUUAUAUACACAAUAUAACUUUCAGGCAUUGUUUUAGACAAUGAAUAAGAUUUUAAAAAGCAUCAACAAGUGGAAGUGGAAAAGAGACAAUGUGUGCAAAGUAGGACAGAAUUUAGCAUGCAUCCAUUUUUCAUAUAAUACAAUAAAUGAGAAUUUUUAUGAUGCAUACAAGUGAAAAUAAAAAUAUCAACAGAUAAAAAUGUAUUUGUUCCAGUCAUAAUUUAUGCUACAGCACCCCCAAACAGUGAGGUAUGUAACUACAACCGUUUGCCCAGACAACUGUUUUCAAUCAUUGACAUUUACACAUAAGAAAUAAUGGAUCUGAUGGCAUCAGUUUAACUUACAGUUAAUAUCCCUUCAUUUUAUCCAGCACAAGUUAUAUUACUAUAAGAUUGUGACAAUUGGAUCAGACACAGUAAUACUGGAGAUGCCCAUGUUACUUUUAUUUUGACUAUUAAGGCAGAAAUAAGGAAACAUGUCACAGAAAAAUAGAACUAAAGAGACAGUUCAAGCACAAAACACUAAUCUAUUCAGUGAAAUAGUAAAUGAAAUAAAAGAAUAAAACGUAUGGCAAAAAUAUUUUUAUUGUUGUUAGAAUUCCAUAUAAUAGUAGCCUAUAUAUUACAUCCAUAAUAACAAACAUCUGUUUCAUCAACAAAUUAGUUUUUCACUGUCUCUCAAUAUUCUUAUUUUGUGUUUAUCAAAAAGUGUUUUACUAGUGUUAAAAUAAACGGUUCUUGCUGUCGUUAUUAAAAUUUGAUUAGCACUUUCAGCAACCCAAUUCUAAUUCACAUUCACUAAUUCACGUCUGCGGUGACCUUUCAGCUAGAAUGACUGCUGGCUUGGCUGUUUUGUGUUGUACAGGUACCGCUACUCUGUAUGACAUUUGAGUUAUUUUCUAUACAAACUAAUGUGAUUUUAAUAAAGCUGAACUUUUUUUCCCUUAUCA